AUGCGGCUUACGGCCGAGUUGAUUCGGGAUUCAUUGUCCUAUCUGAAUCCCUUGAAGGAGAGAGAGCUUGAUCUCCGAGGACAUCGAAUUCCUGCAAUCGAAAACCUAGGUGUCGCUGGCCCCCACGAUGCCAUCGACUUCACCGACAACGACAUCCAAGUCCUGGGCAACUUCCCGCUGUCCCCGCGCAUAACGACGCUGCUCCUCGCGCGCAACCGCGUCGCGAGCAUCCAGCCCACGCUGGCGGCCGCGGUGCCGAACCUGCGGAACCUGGUGCUGGCGUCCAACAGCCUCGUCGAGCUGGCGGACGUGGAUGCGCUGGGCGGGUUGGCAAGGCUGACGCAUCUGGUGUUGGCUGAUAAUCCCGUUACGAAGAAGGAGCAUUACCGAUAUUGGGUCAUCUGGCGGUGUCCUUCCGUCCGCUUCCUGGACUAUGAAAAGGUCAAGCAGGCGGAGCGGGACAAGGCCCGGGAGCUGUUUGGCACGGAAGAAGAGCCCACGGCUCUGGCCACAUCGAUCAUGGGCAAAAAGUCCAAGCUCGACGUCACAGCCAACGGCUCGUCGGCCGCGCCCUCGAAGCUCUCGCGGAUAAAGCUCACCGACGCAGAGAAGCAGCGGCUGCAGGAGCGGAUCAAGAAGGCGACGAGCCUGCAGGAGAUUAUUGCGCUGGAGAAGGAGCUCAACGAGGGGCGGUUACCGUCGGGGGUGUAUGGCGAUGCCAUGGAGGAGUGA